AUGGCAUCUUCUUCAACUUCAUUCGUUCACAAGAGCUUUAAGUAUGAUGUGUUUUUGAGUUUUAGGGGUGAAGACACCCGUACGAACUUCGUUGAUCAUCUUUAUCAAGCUCUUAAACAAAAAAGCAUUCAUACUUACAAGGACGACCAUAGAAUCAAAAAAGGGAAAAACAUUAGUGAUGAGCUUAUCAGAUCCAUUGAAGACUCAAAAUUCUACAUCAUUGUUUUCUCCAAGAACUAUGCCUCUUCAUUUUGGUGUUUGGAUGAACUUGUUAAGAUAAUGAAGUGUCACAGGAGUAUGGAGCAUACUGCUUAUCCCCUCUUCUAUGAUGUGGAACCUUAG